AUGUACAGCUUACGAUCAAAGGCAUCAGACAUGACUCAAACCGAACAGCCUGAAGCAGGAGAUGUAGAAAUAGUCCAAACACAGGGAAAAGACCAAGGUGCCUCAACCAGUGAAGCUACCACCACUGAAGAUAGACCGUCUAUCGGUGCUGGAGAUAAAACAACCGCUGGUAGCAACGUCGAGAGUCAAGUUGGCAACGAAGAAGAAACCGAUCCACAAGAAACCGUAAAUAAAAGGAAGAAAGGAAAACAGACAAAUCAAGGGAUUCGUAGUGAAGUAAGAUUUGCUCGUCAUGCUUUCCCAGUGAGAGGUAGAGGUUUCGCAUGUAGAGGAACUGGUUUCCUAGGAUACGGUGGGCGUGGAGUUGGUCGACGAGGUAGAGGUGGACGAGGAUUGCAUACCCGUGGAUUUGGUCUUCGUGGGAUGUUUGGCUUAGGACGUCGUGGCCGAGUAUUCUAUGGUGGCCGAGGAUUUGGUGGACGAGGAUUCGGUGGACGAGGUUUUGAUGGUAGACCUGGUGAGGAGAGUGAUAUUGAUAACGAAGAAACAUGGGCCGAUCCAAGAAUGGCAUUUAAAGAAUGGGGAGAAGAUGCUCAGACAGGAGAUCAACCUGGUGUAUCAUCUAUGGAAAAUGACGGAGAACAGUGUACAGAUGACGAAGCGGAUGACCACACUGGUGGUGAUGAAGAAGAUGAUGCACCUCCAUGUACCUGUAGGGGAGACAUGUUUGAAGCAAGAGGAGGGCGGGGAAGAGGUGGAUGGGGAAGGGGCGGAAGUGGUCGGGGCUUCGGUCAAGAUCCUAGAGGCAUGACGUUCCCAUGUCGAGGAAGUUGCCAAAGAUCUAAUCGCCCUCCUAUGGGUUUCAUGCCAGAUCCUAGAAUGGGUGGCUUUACUCGUCCUCCGAUGUUUUCUCGUCGUGGCAUGCGUCCACCAUUCCCACCACAUGGAAACUUUGGGGGAUGUGGGUUCGGAGGGCCUAGGCUACCAUUUCGACCAAUGUUUGUGCGAUAA